CAGUGGCCGGACAAGCUAGAUGGUACUUCGACUCGGCAGCUAACGUUGGGGAUUUGCAUUUCCGAGAAGAGAUAUCCAUUCAUCUCCAUCUCACCAUGGCUCUUUAUGAAUAUGUCACUCAGGAGCAGCUUGCAGGCUUCGACAAAUAUAAGUACAGCGCAGUGGACUCGAACCCCCUGUCUGUGUACGUCAUGCACCCUUUCUGGAACUUUGUGGUGAAGUUUUUACCGACAUGGUUGGCUCCAAACCUCAUUACAUUUACAGGCUUUAUGUUCCUUGUGUUGAAUUUCCUUAUGUUGGCCUUCUACGACUUUGACUUCAAUGCCUCUGCUGCAGGACACGAACACGUGCCUAGCUGGGUCUGGGUUGCUGCAGGGAUCUUCAACUUCUUGGCCUAUACACUCGAUGGUGUUGACGGUAAACAGGCUCGUCGCACCAACUCCUCCACACCACUAGGGGAGCUGUUUGACCACGGCCUCGACAGUUGGGCCUGCAUCUUCUUCGUGGCCACCGUCUACUCCAUAUUUGGCCGUGGGGAAAGUGGCGUAGGCGUUGCCACACUGUAUUACAUCCUGUGGGUGGUGCUGUUCUCAUUCAUUCUGUCUCACUGGGAGAAAUACAACACUGGGAUCUUGUUUUUGCCGUGGGGAUACGACAUAAGCCAAGUGACCAUCUCCCUCGUUUACUUGGUCACCGCUGUGGUCGGCGUGGAAACAUGGUACCAGCCAAUCAUCUGGCACUUCCUCUACAGAGACCUUUUCACCUUCAUGAUCAUCGUCUGUUCCUUCAGUGUGACCUUACCCAUGAGCCUCUACAAUGUCCUGAAAGCUCACCGCAGUAACACUCUGAAGCACAGCAGCCUGUACGAAGCCUUCCUGCCCUUCCUGUCUCCCGUCCUCCUCUUUGUCUUGUCCACAACUUGGGUGGUCUACUCUCCAUCCAACAUUGUCGAGCUGCAGCCCAGGAUCUUCUACCUCAUGGUGGGGACAGCCUUCGCCAAUGUCACGUGUAAGCUGAUUGUGUGUCAGAUGAGCAACACGCGCUGCCAGGCGCUGAGCUGGCUGUUGCUGCCUAUGACGCUGGUGGUGCUGUUAGCGAUGACCGCGUUCACCAACGAGACCCUACUGCUAUAUGUGUGGACAGCUGCUGUCAUACUAGCACACAUACACUACGGCGUAUCAGUGGUACAACAGCUCAGCGGCCACUUCAACAUCCUUGCCUUCUCCCUGAAAAAGCCCAACAGUGACUGACAGGAGGAGGAACGAAUCGGCUUGAAAGAAGCAGAGGUUUAGGCUCCUUCCCUCCUCGGCUUAUCGACACUUCACUCUCAUCACCACGGAAACCGCAUCCCCUCCCCUCCAUCCAUGAGGAUACUGCAAGUGGAAUAGACUGCGGCCCUUUUUCCCCCCCCACUGUCCUCAGACACACACAAGACACACACACGCACACGUUCCUAAUCAACCAACCAAACUCUGGUCUCUGCAAUGGGGCGGGCCCAGGGGCUCUGGCUUCCGACAUUGGUGAUUGGCUAACUUGGUUGAGCCAAUGAGGUGCAAUUGUUUCCUACGGAAAUGUGCUUCAGUCAUGAGGACAGGAGCCAUGCAAAAACACACACACACACACACACACAUUUACCCUACAUUACUCUGCUUUCGUGCAGAUAAUUUAUAUCUCGUGGCAGGUAUUUCAAAUACAAACACAGCCACACACACACACACGAGCAGUCACACUCACACAGUAUUAUGAAUGUACGAUAUGCCUUGGGGAAACAUGUUUUCAGUUUUAUUAUAUUAACAGGAAUGCCUCAAGUAGUGUUGUUUCAAACGUGACCAAAUCUCUCAAUUGUGCCCAGAUGUGGCUCAUGCAUCCACAGCUGUGUCCAGUUUAAAGGUUCCGUCACCUUCGUUAUCAUCGGAUGAUUUUCAGCCUGAAAUCCCAGUGAUAUGUGUGAAGGGGUUCGGGGCAUUUUAUUUCCAAGCUGAAAUGAAACUUUAAAAAAACGAUUACUCCUGUAAAACAUUGUAUACAUUUCCCUCUAAUUAACUCCACACUCUGCUGUGCGCUGACGGUUGUCACGAGUAAACAGAGUUGGAUUCUGACUAACCAGGGCGAGAACUGACCAGGGUGACCUCUACUAACCUUCCACUUCGACCUCUGUCUGAGCACUGGCCUCCCGGCUCUUCCCUACCCUCUGAGGUGUCGUGUCUUCACGCUGAUUCGUUCGGUUUUUAUUUUUUACUCCGUUUUUAUAUACACUUGUUUGGUAUUACUUUGUUUGUCUGUCGCCACGGCAACGGUUUGUGGUUUAGUCGCGCAGCGCUUGAAUGAAGAGUGCGUUCAAAAACCGCGAGCGGAGCGGACUCACUCUGAGGGAACAAGCCGUCGCACAGGACGCCACAAACACCGCAACACCGCCUGGCAUCAGUCUCCUGCUCGCACACAUAUUAACACACCUUUUAUAUUGUCUGUCAGAUAAGUUGUGUUUUGUUGAGUUUCUUUUUUUGGUCUGGUAAACACUGUUCCUCUGUGUGAUUCAAACGUUUCCAUGGUGAAUGGAUAUUCAGUAGUGGCUGCAGACUGGACUCAUCAGUUCAGAUUUGACAAGGCUUCACAUCUGUGUCACCUCUCGCUCUCUUCAUGCUACGACAUCGACAGUUUGUCAGUGUGGCUGUAGCUUGGAAGAAAGUCGUUCUUUUAUGUGUAAUCUGACCUUUUGGAGUGCCUUGUCUAUCUGCAAGGACUCCAGUAUCUGUUGACAUAGGACAGAGAAGUCCCAGCUGCACUUAAAGAGUUUCACAGUUCAAGCUGAUUGAAUCCUAAAUGAUCAAUGUGGAGCCAAGACAAAGGAUGGAGCAUUCCACGAGUCUUCUCCACCGAUGUUUUUAAACUGUAGUUCUCAACCAGACUAGCAAUCCAGAGCCCUUUUUAUGUCAUGCCGCGGUUUGGGGUGGAACAAGUGGAUCCAGUCGGCUAAACCAUCGGCCCAGUGUCGGGGUCUCAACGGUUCUGAAGGAAAAUGGUUGAAACGAGCCAGAAUAUCAAGUAUGUUGGGAAAGCCUUUAACAGUACUUGCCUUGUUAAUGGCAAGCUGUGUUUUUUUUUUUUUUGUUUGUUUUUUUAAUAUUCAUCAUCUCGUAUACAGCAGAUUGAAAGUGUGACAACACUUUGUGAUGAAAAGGUACAUAGGACCCAUUCGAUACACAGGAGGAAAAAUCUACUCGGAUCUUUCUUUGUGGAUCAUUUUUGCCACUUCCCAAGACGUUUUGUACAUGAACUGUUAUGCAACACUGAACGUUUAGACCACAGCCUUGUAGGGUCGCUGUCAUACUAUCGCGACUGGGAGAAACAACGUAAGAUCCAUCUCUACUGCCAUAAUACCCAGUACAGUAGGCUGUUUCGGUUUGCAGUACCUCUGCACUGCAACUGGGGAAGGCUUGUAUGCAGUCAUAAGCACAUUGUAAUGGUUGAAAUUUAAUUUGACACGUUGUUAAUGAAGCCCUACAUCUGUGACUUUGGAGACCGUAGAUUGUAGUGAUGUGAGGACAACAGAGAUUUUGCCACCAGGACAGUGAACUGUUUUUCUGGUGGGCACAUGCACUGUCCGGCUAUGUGCUGGUCCUUGUGUACAAGUCUGUUAAUGUAUGGGUGUAUACUCUGUAUGUGUGGAUAUCUGUGUAAAUACACAUAUUAUUUCUUCAUUUUUAUUUUAUUUUUUAAGCUACAAAUGGGUUUGUUUUCCCAUAGGCGGAUUUCUAUAAACAUGGGGCAGGUCAUUUUUUAGACCAGAGCAUGAUGCCAAUCAGCAGUGUUCUUUUCAUCAGCUCCAAACCCUGCAAAGCUACAAAUCCAUCCAUGUAGCAGUUACUGGAUCAGACGAGGCAGUUGUUUAUUGUUUGUUUGUUUGUUUUUCUAACACUUCUAGUCUCUGCUUCCUUACUAUCUGAUUGGAUCUAGAUGUGAAUGCCUCCACCGCAGGCUGCAAACACUACAAACAAUGCUAAAUGCAACAAGGGAUUUCAUGUCACGUUAAAUGAAAAAUGUUAGCUGGGUGAGAAAAAUUGUGCCAUUCAAUGAAACAAGCAGGCAGAAAAUACCCGAACAAAACACAGAACAAGUGAAAUUCUCAUCCAGCUGGCAGCUGAAGUCAAUUUAAUACACAUUUGUUAAAUUUCUGAGCUUAAUUUCUGGGCAUUUUUUGUAGUGUGCUCCUCAGCGUCAUUCACCACUUUGUAGGAAACAGUCUUAAUCCCCCCUGGAUCAAUGAACCAAACUGUUCAAAUUGUGACUAAGUUGUUGUAUAAUGCUGCCCUGGCCAACACCCCAGGGCUUCAGUGUGGCUACUUGUGAUGUUGUAUUUAACCAGUGAAAGAAAGGACUGUCCAGAAGCAAAUAAAAGUGAC